UUGAAUUAAAGCCAGUAGGAAACGGUUUUUUGAUGCGGCCAUGCGUCCAUCGUUGAUGGUAGCUUCCGAAUGCGAAUGUUGAAAAUAUUGCACCAUUUGAGCGCGAGUAAGUGUCUCAAGAAUGAAGGCAAGCAAUGCUCGCAAGAAGAGGGAUGACAAGUCUAGAGGAAGUUUCAAGUACGUGGAUUACGUUGAGCAUGUGGGAACACACCUCAUUUUGUUUCCAGGAGAUUGCGUUCUGCUUCGAAGCGAAGGUCCAGUAGCGCCUGUAAGUGUAGCGAAGAUCAAAUACCUUCGAUCGGAUCUGCAGAUGGAGAUUUUAUGGUUUUACCGACCUGAGGAAACAACUGAGGGGCGCAAAGCUUUCCAUGGCAAACAAGAGCUCCUUCUUUCCAACCAUUCCGAUAUUCAGAGUUUGGAAGCAGUCGAGGACGUGUGCAAAGUGUACACCUUGUGUCAAUACAUGGCACUUGGAAAAUGUGAGAAAGAUAUCAAUGACUUCUUCAGUCGAUUUGAGUACGAUGUUGGAGCCGGGCGAGUUUCACCUGUUUCCCACUCACUGCCCUUGCACUGUGUUUGCAACUCUCCUUACAAUCCUGAUCUGGAGAUGAACUUCUGCCAAGACUGCGGAUUGUGGAUUCAUGUCUGCUGUGAAGACGAGCAUCAAGAUGGAAUCAAUCAAUGUCGUACGUACAGACAGAAAAGUAAUAAUAGAUGAAUGUCAAAAGUAUACCUUCUGCACAUACAUCCAGAAUUUCAGUCAGUAUCACUCUUUAUGUCUAUCAGGUUUAUUCUGUCAUUCUUUCAAUCAUCAUGAAUUUUUUGCAGCCCAGCCAAUAAAGAUAUUGUACAAUGUGAGGGUAAUCUAUGUUCCAA